GUAGUAAAAGUGCCACGUCUUCCUGGGAGUGUGUCUGUUGGGGGAGUCCUGAACUUGCUUGGCUUAAGCUGUCUCCGCUUUGGGCACAUUUUUAACUCUAUGAAGCCGGGGGCCUUUCUUCUGCUUUGGUAACAUGAGGUUUUUCUUGUGGAACGCUAUCUUGGCACUGUGGGUCACGGUUUUGAGUGGAGCUCUGAUUCCUGAGCCAGAAGUGAAAAUCGAAGUUCUCCAGAAGCCAUUCAUCUGCCAUCGCAAGACCAAGGGAGGGGAUCUGAUGUUGGUCCACUACGAAGGCUAUUUAGAAAAGGAUGGCUCCCUGUUUCAUUCCACUCACAAACAUAACAACGGUCAGCCCGUCUGGUUCACCCUGGGCAUACUGGAGGUUCUCAAAGGCUGGGACCAAGGCUUGAAGGGAAUGUGUGUGGGAGAGAAGCGAAAGCUCAUCGUUCCUCCUGCCCUGGGCUAUGGCAAAGAGGGAAAAGGUAAAAUCCCCCCAGAGAGCACACUGAUAUUCAACAUUGACCUCCUGGAAAUUCGAAAUGGCCCAAGGUCUCACGAGUCGUUUCAAGAAAUGGAUCUCAAUGACGACUGGAAACUCUCAAAGCACGAGGUUAAAGUGUAUUUACAGAAGGAGUUUGAGAAGCACGGUGCAGUGGUGAAUGAAAGCCAUCACGAUGCUUUGGUGGAAGAUAUUUUUGAUAAAGAAGAUGAAGACAAAGAUGGAUUUAUAUCUGCCAGAGAAUUUACAUAUGUGCAUGACGAAUUGUAGGGAAGUGCCUGCCGUUUUAUACACGUACAUUUCUAAUGGGAAGGCAGCACCUUUAAACAGAGCUUUUCUCGUUGCCUUUCUUGUUUUUAGUUUUAUAUUAUUUUUCUAUUAUUUAAAGAACCUCAGAGACUUUGUAAAUAUCCGUAUCUUUCUGGUAAGUUAUUGGGCAGUAACGGUUGUCUUUGAGUAGAGGACUCCUCGCUGCUUCUGAGCUCACACAGUCGCUGGUUUUGCUUGCUUGCUUCUAAUGGUAACAUUGCAACUGGAAACAGACCACAACACACACUGGGUGUGGCACAGACCAGGGCCCUGUCCUUCUCCCCCCCUCUGUCUUCUCAAAGUUCAGUUACUGGCAUAUUUGAAAGCUUUUGUACAAAUUCAAGGCUUGCUAUUUUCAUGUUAUAGUGAAGUGGUUUUUUCUUUACCUGCUUUUGAGUCCCUGCUUGCGGGCAGGAGGAAUAUGGUGGACCUUAUGCCUUAACAGCUUUUGCCUCACCGUGGAGAUAUACAAUGUGGAUGAAUAAGGGAGGUAGCAACUCAUAAAUAGGUGUUCAGAGACUUCCUAGUGGCUAAUAAACCAUUACAAUAAGUCAGACAAAUAAUAUAUUUGUUUCCUUGUAAUCAACACAUCAAAAUAUGGUAGGCAUGGCAGAGAGUUGUAUUUAUAAUCAAUGUUUACUUUUGAGGCUACCAGGUUAGCCUUCUGGUUCUUAAAUAAAUAAAGUUUACAGCUAGUAUAUUGCUUUGCAACAGCAUUGAAUCCUGAGAGAAUUUAGUAUGUCAAUGAGACUUUUCCCAUUUCUGACUCAUCAAAAAUAAGGCUAACUAAUAACAGCUACUGUUAAUACUUACCUGGGUUUGUACACUGACUUUUAUCAUUUUUUUCUCAAAUUGGCUUCCAAAAAUGACUACUACUUUGUUUGUUUGUUUGUUUUAUCAAGACAGGGUUUCUCUGUAUA